AUGAUCAAGCUUUACAACCUCGACGACACAAUCGACUCGUUCUUCGCGUCAAACCCAUCCGUAACCCGACAGCAAUGCGAUGAUUUUGUGCGCUCCCACGCCACUGAUCCAAGUGACCAAGUCAUCCCUGUGCAAAUACAGGGAGCGUUUAGCUAUACUGUGACCGCAGGGUCAAAGCUGUUCCAGUUUCGGGUCGAAGACUCGAGGAUCGACCAAGAGAUUAUGACCCUUGCUAAGGCAGCUCAUCCUGAGUUUGUUGCUGUUGUCAAUUAUCAUGAAACUAUUGGAACCGAACAACCCCUACAUAUCUACGAGAUGGAGAAACUCCCUGGCAUUCCUUAUAUUCUCGCACGCGAUGUAUCCCCCAUACAGCCACCAGAAUCGAUAUCUCGACAGCAAAACACCACCAGAGACUUCGCAAGAUUCUUCGCACAAUCGUGGAACAAGCGCCAGCCAAUACAGGGAGACGUUACCAAGGCACUCCAUGCGGAGUUUGACCAAAAGUUCAAUGUCCUUGCCCAAAUCUUACCACCUCGAUUCAAAUCGAGAUUAGUCAGCAUCCGCAGAGACCUCCUAUCGCUCUUCUCGGGGGCAUUACCUUUUGUUCUCACUCAUGGCGACCUUUGUGAGAUGAAUAUCCUCAUAGACCCGGAAAGUGGGAAGCUCACGGGCAUUGUUGACUGGGCCGAGGCAAGGAUUCUUCCUUUUGGCUUUUCUUUGUGGGGCUUCGAAAAUGUCCUUGGAUUCAUGAAUUCAAAGGGAUGGCACUACUACGACAACCGCAGAGAGCUCGAAUCCCUCUUCUGGAAAAUAUUUCGGGAGGAAGCUGAAGUUUUCGCCGAUGAUGAUUUAAUUCUAAUCCAGCGUGCGAGGGCUGCCGGCUUGUUUUGCCGAUACGGCUUCAUCAGUGAUGGUCUGGGUGUCAACAGCGUGGUUGGCCAGCCCAGCCCUUCUUCCCUCGCAUAUCUCGAUGGCAUUUGUACAACCACUGACCAGUGCCCCGGAGAGCUGGAUAAAAAUGUCUGA